AAGAUGACAACACUGCAUCUCUCAAUUCCAGUGGAGAAAGCGUCUUUAUUUAGGUAAGAAUCAAUUGCAGCACAAGGAGUUACUAUGGACAAUAUACCGGUUGUAUUGCCGCGAAUCAUAAUCCUUCUAAGUGGCAAACGUAAAUGUGGCAAAGACUUCCUCGCGGACGCGCUGUUAAAACGGCUUGGUACGGAAGAAGCACAAAUUCUACGCAUCUCAGAGCCCAUCAAGCGGCAUUGGGCUGACUGGAAGGGUUUGGACAUGAGUGAGCUGCUGGGUGACGGUGCGUACAAAGAACGUUACCGCAAGGAAAUGAUCGAGUGGAGCGAUGCUCGUCGGAAGGAAGACUACGGUGUGUUUUGCCGUGCCGCCUGUACCGCAAUUGACCGUAACAUUUGCAUCGUGAGCGACGUACGACGGCAGACGGAUGUGCGCUACUUCCAGGAAACGUUCGGCCGAGAACGGAUACGUACGGUGCGGAUUGAGGCAAGCGAAGCGGUGCGUGCUGAACGCGGGUGGCAAUUUCAAUCGGGUGUAGAUGACGUACAGUCAGAGUGCGAUCUGGAUAACUAUGGCUCAUGGGAUUUGCUGUUGACGAACGAGCACACGAAUGAGGUGGACGGACUGUUGGCAACUUUGCAGUGCUUAGCGGAGAACAAAUAGAAACGACAUCACCUCUAAAGUAUCUUUCAAGGAGAAACGAAUCUAAAAAAACAUGCAUUAAGCAAAACAUAAACACAUGUUAACAAAAAAUCCAUGAUUUCCAUGUAGGUUAGUAAUAAUUUAUUUGAUAUUGUUAGUUGUUAUUGGAAAUGGUUGGUUUUACAGGACUAUAAUAAGAAACGGGUAUUUUCUAUUAAAAAGUUAAUA